AUGGAAACACUACCGAAUGAAAUUCUUCUUCAUAUUUUUUCUUAUCUUGAACUGUUCGAUCUGUUAACGGGUUUUUGGUCGUUAAAUAUACGUUUCAAUUCUCUUGUGUGUUUAGCUCUUUCAAUAGGUGAUAAUUCAUUAAAUACUGGUCUUAUUAUUAAACAAGGUUUAUCUUAUAAUAAAUUUUCUUCAUUAUUCUUUCCAUUGAUUUUAAAUUCAUCAUCUCUUUCUUCUUCUAUUCGACGUAUUCAUUUUGAUGAAACAAAUUCAAUUAUUUGUGAUCUCAUUUAUGAAUUGCUGCUCAAGGGUAGAAAUAUUCUUCGUUUUCCUAAUCUCAAAUCACUUAUUCUUACUCGAUGUAUAUCAAUUGAACCAAUAAUUCAAAACAUAUCUUAUCUUAUUGAAUAUCAAUUAGAUGAACUUACAUUAACAUUUGACCAUCAAGUGUUCAUACGGGAUUUUUAUGUAGACGAACAUUCGUCAAUGGCAUCUGAUACAGAAAAAGAAAUGAUUUUAAUCAAACAACUUCUGUGUCAGCUAUUCUCAGGACGAUGCCGAUUAAAAUCUCUUCGACUUGAUAUUAGCAAUGAAUUUACAAGUGGUGAUAUUCAUCAAUGUUUAGUAGGAAACUCUUAUUUUUCUUCGAAUUUUAUUGUGAAUCAAUGUGAAUCUUGUUGUAUGACUCUUCGUCGUUUAUUUAUUCGACUUAAAUAUACAUUUUUUCUUGAAAAUCUUAUUGAACAUGUACCCAAUCUCGAAGAAAUGUCAGUUCAGUUUGAAUAUUCAUUGAACUUUGAUUCGUUAUGGGAGUUAAAUAUUGAAACUUCGAAUGCGGAAUUUGUUUAUCUAAAACGGCUUCUUAAUAAUUUAAAUUAUGUUGAAAAACUUAAAGUUCAUCUUAAAAGUGAUAAAUUAAUCGAAACAAGACGUCGAAAUAUAUGGAAAUCUGUCAUUGAUGCAAAUUUCAUUCGUCAUUAUUGUCUACCUGAUAAAAUAAUUAAUUUAAUUAAUUUUGAUUUUUAUAUUUAUUCCCAAUGUCAAUUAUCAUCGAAUGAUAUAAAAAGAAUAAUAAAAUCAUUUUAUAUUCAUUCUUUUUUUGUUGAUUAUAAAUGGACCAAUGUUAAAUGUUUAUUUGAUCCAAUAAUUGAAUGUCAACAUCUUUUCUCUUGUUUCACAAAUGCACUUCAAUUUUCUGAUAGUCUCAAUAAUUAUUCAUAUAUUUUCAAUUGGCCACGUAUCGAUUUUAUUUGGUUUGACUUAUAUCCAUCACUUCAUUUAUUUCUGGAACAAUUCAAUGAAUUAUCUCCUAAUAUUUCUUGUAUUGAAGUACAUCAAACGCGUAUGAUGGGUUUUGACGAAUCAGACCUCCUCGUGUCAUUGAAAAUUUUAUGCAAAAUGAAACUAUACAAGGGGGUUGAUAUGCCUUUUCGAAAUGUUACAAAAAUUCAAUUUGGAACACAUCUUGAUCGGAUGAACGCUGAUACCGAAAUAGUACCAAGUCGAAAUGAGAUACGUGAAAAAGUACUUGCUCAUCUCAUUUCGAUGACUGUGCAACUGAAAUAUCUUCUAGUUGAACGCUUCGAAUGGCUCUUACAUGUUGUUCAAUGCGCAUCUGACGAGUUAAGAAGGGAGGCAUUAAGUACAGUUCAAUAUGCUGAAUUUUGUCUUCCAAGUUGUUCUACUGGCUCCGAUGAAUCAAUUCAUAUUGGUAAACAUCUUGUGCCUUUUCUCAGCACAUACAUGUCUCAUUUACAAACACUACGUCUUUGGCAACCAGAUGAUUUUUCUUGGACAACUACUCAGCAUGUAGCCAUCUUUGAACGAGAUCUUUGUCGACUGGUCGAAAAUUUAAAAGAAUUUACAUUUCUCGAUAUUAAUGGUGAAAUUCAUUAUGAAAAAGUUGAAUCUUAUCGAUCAAUGGUUCAAGCUCGCUUUCCUCAUUGCCGAAGCGAUGUUGGAAUACUAAGAUUUCGUCUCUGGCUUUAG